AUGAUAAUGAUGGAUCAGGUGACACCCCCUCCCGCUCUCUCUCUUGCUCUCUCUCACUUUGUCUCUCUCUACCUCUUGCUCUCUCUCACUCACACACACACUCAAUCUCUCUCCCUCUCUCUCUCCCUCUCUCUCUCUCUCCCUCCCUCUUGCUCUCUGUGCUCAGCAUCGGUAAUCAUCGCAGCUGUCAUUCUCCAGGUUUUUCGAAACGAGUCUAUCUAUCUAUCUAUCUAUCUAUCUAUCUAUCUAUCUAUCUAUCUAUCUAUAUAUAUAUAUAUUACUCACUUAAACCAGAAACUAUUUUUACUUAUCUAUCUAUCUAUCUAUCUAUCUAUCUAUCUAUCUAUAUAUAUAUAUCCGUAUAAAGUACUUUCAUUUCAUUCCCCCUCUUAUUUCUUCGCUUUUUCUUUUCCUUUUCACCCUGUGGUCCGGUUACACAACUCUUCAUCCCACUGCCGCCAUUUUCCCUAUCGCCAUCUUUCUUCCUGUUUUCUUCAUCUUCCUUCUUGUUUGUCUUUUCAGUGCUUCUAA